AUGAGAACUAAAAGUCAUAAUAAGGCCAAGUCUUUACAUACAGUUCAAGAAGUUUCAAAUACUAAGACAUUCUUUAUCAGUCGAAUCACCUAAAGAUCUUUUAUUAAGAGUAUCGUUCCUCCUUUGUCUCUUCCUUAAGUUCCUUAGAUUUAAGUCCCAGCUCCUCUUACUGGAAGAGUUGUAGCAAGAAAAGUGAUUAAGGCAACUUAAUUAAAAACUUAAGAGAGUGUUCCUGAUAGUGAGAUUAAACAAUAGCAAUCAAUUUUCAAAUUAGUUGCAUCUGCUGAAUUUAAAAAUAUCAUUACAGAAGAGAAGUCUAAGAAAGAGGAUGAUAAAAAUUUUACUUUGGAUGGUCCCUUAGAGUUCAAAAAAGAUUGGAGAAGUAAAAUCUUUACAAAGAAUCCUAAUAUGGAAAACUCUUAUAGUUAAAUUGAUGAUAAUAUGAACAUCUAAAUGUUUAUGAAAAAGAUCAGAUAAAUUAUUACUACUAGUCAUAUACAACAUAAUGACUUUCAUACAAAUGAAAAUAGUUUUUUGUCAGAUAAGUUCAAGACUUAGAUGACAAGUCCUAGAUUUACAUUUACUAAUCAUUUAUCAACAAUCUAAUUUUAGAAUUAACCAACCUAAUUGUAAAAGGCAGGAACAAUUGUAUCUCAAGUAUUAGAAGCUAUUGAAGAGAAAAAAGCAGAAAUUCAACCAAUACCAUAGAAUAAUCGUAGAAAAUUAACUAUUUCUGUAUUUAAUCCAGAAAAUUAAGUUGGAGUAUUCUCUUUCAGUAUACCAGAUUAUGGAUAACGAUUAUAAGAAUAAGAUGAAAUUUAAGAAUAUACUGAUAAACCUAAACAUGUAUUAAAGUAAGCAUUACAAUUUGUAAGUAAAUAUAAAUUUAUUGUAGAUCUCUUCAUAACCUAAGAAAAUGACAACAAAAUUUUCAAAAUCUAUACUUAAGAUUGUUGGAAUAACUGAAGAAGAGAAUUAACAAGAAGAUGUUCAUUAAUAUUAUAAUAUAUAAAAAGUAAUUAUUUUAUGAAGUAAGACUAGAAGGUUCAUGAAGAUGUAUUUGCAAAAUAAGAUGUCUCGCACAUUCACUAAAUUAGAAGAGAAUAUCCUAUUACAUUUAUAAUUAAUAUAAGAGAAAAGAGGUUCUAUAUCUUUUUCAAAACCAUAUGAAAGUUAAUAAUCUAGUAGAGUUUAUUCUUGGUGUACAAAUCCUGCUAAUAGUAAUCAUGAAUCCUUAUCAAAUCCAACAUUCUAAAUUGAAAUAGAAUCUAAUCGUUUUCUAUUAACUUAAAUUUAUUAAUGUGAUUAUUCAUUUGAUAAUUCUGAAUAAGAUUGUCAAAGUUUUAGUAGUGAAAAUCAAUUUUCAGAUAUGUUAGAAUGUUCAUCUUAAAUUAAAAUUACUAAUUUAACUAAUCAUAUAUAGUUUAUAAUAAAUAGUUUAGAUUGUGUAGAUAGAAAUAUGAUGUUACAUGAUCCUGAUUUUCUUAAUGAUAAUAAAAUUGGUCAUGAUUAAAUUAAUCCUGCUCUUGAUGGAUAAAUAAUUAGAAAUAUUAAUUCUUUAGUAAGAUUUCUUAAAAAAAAAGAUUAAAGUAGAGUUUCAAAAUUUAUGUUUCUUUAAUUUAAUGAUAUAUUAACUGGAGAAUUUGAAGAUCUCCAUGAAAUCAAUAAUUUAACUACUGAUUAUGGUUUAAUUGAAGUAGAAUCUGAAGAUUAACAUUAACCAAGACAAUCUACUAUUAAAAUUGAUAUUGCUAAAAUGUUUAUUAAAGCUGCUAAACCAAUUUAAAAAAAGAAAUCUAAUUAAGAUUAAUCUCCAUCUAGUGAAAGAUCAAAUAAAAAGAAUAAUUCUAAAAUUAUAUCAUCUCCUAGACAUCAAACUGUAAUACAACCUAAUAAACCUGUUAAAUAAUUAUUAGAAGCUACUUCCAGUUAAACAAGUGUUUUAAGAAGAAGAAGUGAUUCUCCACAAGAAGAAAAUAGUAUAAAAGAAAAUAGUAAUACUAAUACUACUUAAUCUAAUAAAAUGAAAGCUACUACUUAAACAAUUUAAAAUACUACAGCUCCAAUCUCAUAAAAAGAAGAUCUAAUUAAACCUAAUGCUACUAAGAGUUAAGAAAGAAGAAAUGCUGUUAUGAUAUCUUCAAUGAGUAAACACUCCUUAUAAAUGAGAACUCAAAUUACUGAAGCUCGUAGAAGAUAAUCUAUACCUGUUAUGGAAAUGGUUAAAUUAUUGAUAGAGGAACAAAAGUUAUCUGAAGUAUAAUAUAUAAUUAAAUGAAUAGUUAGAAGAAGUUUUUGCCAAUAAUCCAAAUUUGCCAAUAAAUGAAAAAUUAAAAGAUGGAAAUACAUUUUUAAUAGUUGCUGCCCAAACUGGAAAUGUAGAAAUAGUUGAAUUACUUUUACACAAAGGAGCCUUUGUAAAUGUAUAAAAUGUAAUUAUAAUCUAUUUAUAUUUUAAGAAUUAUGGUGAUACAGCUUUACAUAAAGCUAUUGCAUACAAUUAUUUCAAUAUUGCUGACAUCUUGAUUUCUUAGGGAGCUUAAAACUUGAGAAAUGAUGAUGGUUUGACUCCUUGGCAAUUUGUGUAAUGA